AUGAUCAAUCGUUUGAUGACUACCUCAUCGAAAUCACUGACGGUGGCUGAUAUAAACUAUAUUGAACGAUCGACACUUAAAAAAUGGAUACAGCAAGGACAGACCAACUUGGGCGAAAAGUUUCAAGUUGUUGAUGUAAGAGAUAACGAUCACAUUGGAGGUCAUAUAAUCAAUUCCAAGCAUAUACCGGCAGGUAAAUUCAAAGAUGCAUCGAGUGGUCAAACCAUGUCGAAGUUGUUGAGCUACCUUAGAGACACGCACGGUACUUGUGUGGUGUUUCAUUGCAUGUUAAGUCAAGUUAGGGGUCCUAGUAGUGCAAUGAAAUUCAUGAGAUAUUGUAAUGAACUACUUGAAACUUCCCAAGACGAACAGGAAAAAGAAUUCAUCCUUAAUUUACGAAUCACAAUACUACGUGGUGGAUUUGCGAAAUGGCAAGAAGAUUACGGCGAUGACCCAUCAUUAACCCAAGGGUACCAAAAGGAUAUUUGGAAAUACGGAUAUUAA